AUGGAGAUGCGAUAUUCAGAACAACUAAAUGACGUAGCUGAGGAGCACCAUCCGCAAGAUCAGAAACCGAAAGACGAAUGUGCAAAGAAAAAGAACAGGACGAUAUUCACAACGCCGCAGAUUAUCUCGCUCGAACGGAUAUUUGAGACAACUAAGUAUUUGAGCCGGUCCCAUCGAUUUCUCGUGGCGCAAAAAUUGAAGCUUACGGAACUUCAGGUGCAAAUAUGGUUCCAGAAUCGUAGGAUGAAGUUUAAGAAAGACAACAAAAGUAGCCCUGGUGGUAAAAACAGUACAUCGCUGCCAUCCACGGCAACGACAGGCCAGUUGAGCGCCGUCGGUGUCUCUGAAUUGCUCCAAGGCGAGCUGCCAUUACACGGUCCGCAAAAGCCGUUGCCUCCGUUUUAUCAUCAGCAAACGCUUGUUCCCCGUCAGCAGCAUCCAUACCUUCUGGCAACUCAACAGCAUGGAGUUUUGGAACGGAUGCCGCAUCCCACGAGCUCUGGAGCCCUGGCACCUUUGACUCGAGUCAGCGUUUUGUACGAGAAUUUAGCUGCUAAUGAUUACGCCAGAUUCCAAUUAAAUGUGCUUGAACGAGAGCAUCUGAUGCAUCUGCAACAGCUUUGGCAACAACUGUAUUCACCGGUACAGUUGAUGCAACAGCCCCAGCAGCAUUAG